CCUCCCUCUCCGUCGCUACCCGGCCUUCCUACCCACCCUUACCCUCCUCCUCCUCCUCCUCCGCCUUCUGUUCAAAGUGCCUUUUUUUCCCCUUCAAAAUUUUCCUUUCGUUUUCCCCCACUUGAGUUCACUUCCCCUCCCCGGCGUCGCCUGCGACUAUGAUUUCUGCGACUGUCAUCGCGUCUACUAAUACUACUACUACUACUACUACUACUACUACUACUAGUACUGGUUCCCUCUGGCCUUAAUCUGCAGCUCUACGCUUACUGACUGCCGCAUCUCCCAUCUGCCUCUUCUGUCGCCUCCACAGGAUAAUAAAGUCAAACUGAUAAUAAAAAACUCUAUUUCUCUCUUUAAAAUCACAAGGUUAACUAAAACGAGCUCAACAGAAGCAGCCCCCUCCUCCUCCUCCUCCCAGUGCACCUUAUUAGACCUCUUUCCCCAAAUUGUAACAAAGACACACCCUACCUGAAGACCUACCACCCCUCACACGAAUUUAAACUCACCCCUGGUCUUUCUGAAGGCCUCCCACGUGUCCCUUAGCAGUUCAGACACACACCUGGUCUUUCAGAAGACCUCCUAUCUGGCCCCUAGCAGUUUAGACACACACCUGGUCUUUCUGAAGACCUCCUACCUGGUCCCUAGCAGUUCAGACACACUCCUGAUCCUUCUGAAGGCCUUCCACCUGGCUCCUUACCAAUUCAGAUACACCCCUACUGUUCCUUCCAAAGACCUAUACCUGGCCCCUUACAGUCCAAUACCAGCUCCCUAAGAAUUUAUAUAUAUUAACUCUUGCAUCCUUCUGUAAACCUCUUCCAUCCAACGCCCUUUUAUUUUUUUUUUUCAGUAGCAUCUCUCGUGCGUUCGUUCGUCCUACCUCCUCGUCACCCUCCUCCCUCUGAUAAGUUAUGGCUCUGAAUACUUCUGCUACGUUCUGAUGUGUUGUUUGCGUGUAGUUGUUCACUGACAAAAAAAAAAAAAAAAAAGAAGGGACAUCCUGAAAACCAACGUACGUUGUUGUUGUUGUUGUUGUUCCCUCGGAGGAACAACCACGAGAAACCACCAACCCACUUGCUCGCAAAGCCUGCCUGCGAGUGGGGACGGAUACGAAAAGAAAAGAUAAAGAAAAAAAAGAUAGGAAGGGGAAAAAUAUUCUUAUUAAAGUCUCGUGGUAGCUAGCGUUCCAGCAGCAUCAAAAGCGGAGAAGCUGGACUACGUAGCAGCAGCAGCAGCAGCAGCCUUAAUCAGCAGGCAGCGGCAGUAGCAGUUGCAGAAUCAUCUUCAUCAUCACAUUCAAUCAUCAUCUGUCUGUGCGUCGUCGUCUUCGUCUGUGGGACUACGACAACAGCAACAUUCUGGUGGUGCGUCGCCCCUCCCCCUAUCCAGCCCCAACCCCCGUACCUCUCUCGCCCUCAGCUCUAGGCCCGAGAGACGGACGCACACACACACACACACACGCACGCCCUCCCACUCUCUUAUCGCCGUAGGUCGUCUGGGAGCGCCAUGAGCGGUGUGGGCGUCGAUGAAUUUGUCCUCACGAGCGCAUCCUCCUCCACCACGCCCAGAGUCGCCUCUUCCUCCUACACACAGGGCCUUCAGGUAUAAGUUGCGCUUCAAUGGACAAUGCAUCGAUGACCCCAGUACCAAUUGCAUUCUUCUGGUAAUGUGCAGUAAAGCCAAGUGAUAAUGAGACGAGUCGGUGGUCAGGCGGUAAUUCCCAGACCAAUUUCCAUCGCAGAGGGAGUCCACACCCGCAAGCGAUGGUGACGUAGGUAUCACGUGACUAUGGACGUGACGUCACCACCUGAUGGCAAUAAUACUAUGGUUCCUCCUGCUAUACUUCUUCAAGAUGCGGUGACGGUGACCCCGACAAGCUCCCUGGACGAGGAAACCCUGAGGCGCCAGAAAGAACUGGAGGAGUUCUACUCGACCUAUGACGUGUGGACGGGCAUCCGGACUGCCAUCACCCUGGCUCUCUUCUUCAUCUUCACAGUCACUCUCAUCCUCUACAAGAGCAAGUGCAAGCCCCGUCGCAAGUACGAACUCUACCCGAGCCUUGAGGACAUGCCAGGACGACCCUUGGACUACUGCGACUAUUGGUGCGCCUCCCCGGUCAGUAAUGAAACAGGGCGUAAGAGCACGGUGGACUCUUUGGGUGGGUACUGCGGCCAUAGACGAGUCGAGUCCGGGUCGGCCCCUUUGCCGACUAAAAGGACCGUCGGAUCCUACUCCAGCCUCAACAACUCCUUCCGCGUGAAGAGUCUGCCGGGGAGCGUUAUGCGCAUCAACUGUUCGCGGAUGAGUUCCUUCGAGAGGGACGAUGUGUCCCAGGCGACUGCGCACUCGUGUCGAUCGGAGUUCUUGCGUGUGCCUGGAGUCCGGCUUCAGUCGACGGGAUCGAGUAGCGACGGGUAUAGUGCCGGCUCUUCCACUCAUGACCUUCCAUCUGACAUCAACUCUGUGGGCCUCCUCGGCGUCCCAGGAUUGGGACCAAGAGGUAAUAAACCCUUGCUCCAACUCGGUGGUAUGGAUUGGGACAGCGACCACGCCACAGCAGAAUGGGUGCAGACUAUUGACAUCAACGUUAUCCAACCCACCCCCAACAUCUCUCCGUGUGGGUCAGUUCGGAGUGUGUCUGAUAAUUCUGAGCUUGUCCGUCUGCCGUUACCUGGGAGGGGCCGCGUGACCUCUGUUCUGUCCAUUGACUCUCCAGACUAUGACUCUCGUUCUAUUGGCUCUGACUCUGUCUUUCUUGAGGACUCUGUGGGUGAGACGGGUAGUAGUUUCUCUGAGAGUAUGGAUAGUGGCACCCCCUCUUUACUGGCUACCCCACAAACCAACCUUUCCCCUUCCCCUAGGUUCACGAGGCGCAAAGUGCAGUCGUUUCGCCUAGGGAUCAAUCCUGCUCACAGGCCUGCUUCUCCUUCUCUUUCAGCUCCUGUGCGCAUGCAAACCCUAAGCAAUCUCCACCGACCAGCCGAGCUGAGGGGACGCAAGAAGCCGCUGCAGCGCCAGAAGGUUCAGGAUCUCUCUACGGCAGCCAUUCCGGUGAUGGGUGCUCUUUUGGUUCCGACGUUAGGCUCGAACCUAACUGCCUCUUGCGAACGGUUAGCUGCGCACUCGGUAUUAACCAGCGAAGCUAGUUUGGGCAGCAGUCGCGGUUCGACGUCUCUGGCACCAACCAGCAGCGUAGAAGACGAGCCGAUGUGCGCCGUGUUUACCGUGCCGGCUCUCCGGCGCACCAAUUCUGCCACCACGCCGGAAAUGAAAGAGGAGGCGGCGGCAGCAUCUUUCAAACGUGCCGACAGUGAACAAAAUCCAGCGGUAAGAAGAGCAGACAGUGCGACCGAUCCGCAGCGACAAUCAAGUGACUCCUCCAGCGGAUCGGAAGCAAGUGACUCGGUAUCAUUCCACUUAAUGGUACCCGAGCUCAGUGUAGACAUUCCGAGUGCAGACACGAGCAGAGCCUCUACUCCCACUCUCUCCCCUCUGGCAUCACCCAUCGCUUCUCCCAGAACCUCCCGCAUCUCUACCUCACGCUCUAACUCCUUGGAGCCUACUCCUUCAAUCAAGAGAAAGGGCAGCAAAAGAGGAGCCGGAGGCUCUGGCAAGGGCAGCGGGGGCCGCAACGGGAAGAGGGUCCUGAGGCGACAGCACAACGUUCAGUGUCCUCCCGUCAGCCCGACCUUCAGGCACGACCCUCCUGUAAGUCAGUCCUCACUCCCGACUUACAUGGAGGAGGAGGACGACGACGACGACGGCGAUGACCUUCCUCCCCUCCCCCCUGCACCCCCGAGCUCCCCCUACCCCUACGCAGCGUCACCGACGACGAGUGUGGGGGGUGGCCGCCAGAGUCUACAGCGUGAGGAUUCCAGCCCUUCCUCACCAACACCACCCAAUAACGUCAUGGAAAUGGAAACCUCCUGUUAACGCUCAUUCUCUUAUGUGUACGGUCUCAUUGUCACUUUGCUUAAUCAUGGGUUUAUAAAUCUGUAUAUUAAGGUCACGACAGUAGCCUCAUUGAAGUAUAGACACCGAUUAUUAAGCGUAUUAGUUGUAUUAGAUGUGAUGUAUUCAAAGCCUAACAUAAAAACUUAAGAGCUCCCAAAUCUGUUCUUUCUUUAGCGAAAAGAAGCAAAAAGUCUCGCUGGCAUUUCAACGCUGAUCUCGUUUAGGUUUUGGCCCCCUAACAUAGUUCCAAGUUUUUUACCUAGUGGCAUAUAUACAUACAUACAUACAUAUAUAUUUGUUUUCUAUGUUGAUCCCUUCCAGCUGGUGCGACGUUGCCAAGCAAGCAAGCAGGGCUCUCAGUCCAGCGCUUUCUGAGUUAGCAAACUGAGUUGGCCUUAAUGACAAUAUAACGCUAACUUUGUUGGCUUCAUGACAGCAGCAUAAUAAUAAUAAUACUAAUACAUUAGUCAGAAGUUGAUUUAGUAUUGCGAACUAUAUUUGCCUCAUCCUACUCAGACCCUGGAUAUGUUUUCGCUUGGACUUAUUAUGAAACUGCUUUUUGUGCUGUUCAGAUGAAAUACGGAAAUUGUAAUCACAGAUACUGUAUUUUAUGACUUGGAAACUGUAUUGAUUGUAAAACAAUAGUCUUCUUAAUUAGGUUUAUAUACAUAUAUUUUCUGAAGGUCAAAGAAUGUAUUUCUCUCUCUGUCUUUCUCUCUUUCUCUUUCUCUCUGUCUACAAUUCAGCCGCUGUUUACACUUAAGAAGUACUUCCUAAAAAGAGAAAAAAUUGAAGACUGUAUUGAUUACCCAUCUCAUUCUCUGUUGGAAAUCAGUAUUAUUACCAUUAUUAUUACUAUAAUAUUAUGAUUAUAUUACCCGUUUCAUCAUAGCUGUUAUAUUAGAAGCCGCCUCUACACCGUUUACGUUGCAGCAACUUCUCGUUUGUAUAUGAUUGUUAUUGAGAGAGUGUCAUCAAACUUAUGAAUAUCGACUUUUUUGCCUCUACCACAUUCCUGAGACGUUAUGAUUUCUCUCGUAUCAUUGUUGUCUUCAUUAAAUCUUAGCUGCCAAAUGUUAUUACGACUGUAGCGCGAGUAUACAGUUCAUUAAUUAUACAUUGACUUGAUUUCAUCUCCUCAUAGACUUGUAUAGAGUUUGUCCAGAUGCGUUUAUUUGUUUGUUAUUAGAAUUUCCGUUUUCCUCCUUUCUUUCCUUCCUGUUUUGUGUCUCUCCACAUUUCGUAGUCUUAGGUUUUCGUUUUAUUCCUCAUUUUUGGUGGAACACGAUCGAUCCCGGUUGUUUAUAGAGUUUAUAUAUCUAUGUGUGUGUGGAAAAGCGCUCGACAUGUUUGAGAAUUCCGAAGACAACUUGGACCUAUAAGGCUGAAGCCGAAUUUUCCCAAGGUUCGAAAGAAGCAUUGACUCGUGGAAAAUAGAAAUAGAAAUAGAAAAAAAACCAAGAUGGAAGGAAACGAUGCAAAAUCAGUGUUCACGAACGAUGGUGUGAUCUGUUACGAAUAACUUUGAAGUAACGAAAACAAUCAUUGCCGUUGUUUUUUUUUUUCUUUAUUUCUGUACAAAAUAAAAUGUUUUUAAAAAAUAAAGAGGGUUCAGAAGGGAGUUUUUCCUCUCAAAAUAAGGCAAAACAAAUGAAGUCAUUCCUUGCCCCCCCCCCCCCCCCCCUGUUUCUGUGAUGACCAAUAGUGCGUUUAUUGCAAGGAAGAUGUUUGUUUUGUGUCCAUUGAAGAAAAAAAACAGGAUUGUGUUAGAAAUGUGGUUUAAAUCAACGCCAGAAAUCAUUCAUGCAACCCAAGGCAGAUUUUCAUAGAAAAAGAGUGACGUGGGAAGAAAAUGAUUAAAGAAAAAAGAAAAAAGUAAUUUGUCAUAAAGUUGUCUUGAUCUGAAGAGUAUGAAGAAAAAAAAAAACUAAAAACUAUGAAAGAUACAGAAAAUAUUGUUAUGACCAUCACUUCCUAUUGUUUUUGUUUUCAAGGCUCGUUCAUUACAACCAAAACAUUUAAAAAAACAGCCAAACAAUCAUAAAUCAUUGCUGAAGGACAAAAAGAAAAACAAAAAAACUCCCUUUUGUCAACGUUGUUUAAUUUCUCUCUCUCUCUCUCUUUCUCUCUCUUUCAAUUCCACACCAUUCUCACGCCGUCGGUGUUGAUAAAUCAAAAUAUAUAAAUAUAUAUAUAUAUUAUAUAUCCCAUGCUGAAGUGUCCUAUGCAUUGUUGUACGUUUCCUGAAUAUGAGAGAAGUGGUAGAUUUGCAUUUUAUAGUUUCUCUCUCUCUCUCUCUCUCUCUCUCUCUCUCUCUCUCUCUCUCUCUCUCUCUCUCUCUCUCUAUGGGAGAGAUCUAUUCUCACAGUCAUGUCAAAGUUAUUUCAGUUUUCAACUCCUCUGAAGAAAAAAACUCUAAUUCCAGGAUUCAUUUUUUUACUGUUUUCCUGACGUGUCUUUCCUCACCUCCCUGUGUCGCUUUCCCUGCCUUUACUUUCCCUUCUUCCCAUCUCUCUCUCUCUCUCUCUCUCUCUCUCUCUCCUCUCUCUCUCUCUCUCAUUCGACUUUCCCUCCUCUCUCUCUCUUCCAAAAGCAUUGGACUCCACUUCGUCUCAAAUCCCCAUCGAUUAUCGCUGCUCAGUCUUCUUUAAAAAAAAAAAAAAAAAGAAUUAAAAAUCUAAACUUCCCUUUGCCGUUUCGUAACCUCUUUCUUGAAGCUUGGUAAUUCAUCAUAGUUCUCUUAAGAACAAGAAGAAGAAGAAGUAAAAAGAAGACGAAUCUAGUGUUUUAUAAGUAUAUAUAUAUAUAUUCAGCAAUAAGCUUUGCAUUGAAUCUGCAACAUCUCUCUUUCUCUUUUUCAUCACACAUUCCCUGCCCCAGGUAAUCUGUAAGUCAGUGUUUAUGUUUUAAGAUGUUUCUCCUCUCGAAGUGGCAAAUAAAAAAUAAAAAUAAAAAAAAACGAGAUGGAUGCCUUACGGAUAAACUUCAGCAGCGCCAGCAUCAUUCAUCAGCCUUCCUCGUCAUCCAGUACAGAGAGAUCAUUCAUCGAUGAUGGAUGCGCGCUAAGAACACAAAGAAGAAAACUUGAAAAAGAAUAUAUAUAUAGAUAGAGAGAGAAUUUCUGUCCCCUCACCCCCUCCCCUUUUGUGAAUUUGGUGGUCAAUUCUUUAUAUAUUAAAAAAAGGCAAAUAUAUAUAUAUAUGAGAAAUACAGGAGAAACUCAUCACGUGACUUUGGAAAUGGAAUUAUUGUACAAUGCUUCAGUUGGGUUUCAUGCUUGCUCCCGGGUGUCAUGGCGUCCUCAGCUCAGAAUCAGCUGUUCGCGUGCUCCAGACAGACCUUACUCUCAGUCACGUAUACGGAUACAUAUGCAUAUAUACACACCUGUACACCUGUAGCAUGCAUAUGUAUCUCGUACACGCAAGAAGUAUAUUAUAUAAAUAAGCUGUAUAUCAAAAAAAGAAAGAGAAAACUGAGAAUCUCUCUCUCUCGAGGCUGGUGGGAACUGAUGACGUCACGGCCGAUCAGAAUGCUGAUGGUUUAGACGCAGUAAUUCCCUUUUCUUAGUCCCAUUAUGAUUGUUUGUUUGUCCGUUCGUUCGUUCGUUUGUUUGUUUAUGAGUGACUUGAGCUUAGACACACAUCAUGGCGACAAAGCGUGAAAGGAUGCCAUUACUAAGAAUGAUUUAUAUUUGUUUAUAAACUUUAUAAAGGAUAAAACUGA